AUGGCGCGCGUUUUUUCUGCUCUGGCCUUGGCGCGCAUAGCCACUGCCCUCUUGGACGGCCACAUCGAUGUCGUCGUUCACAAGAACGUUGACAUCAAAGUUCCCAAGGUCAACAACAACCCUUUUUCUACGGCUUUACCAAACGUCGCUGCCAUACAUAACGCCGCUCAGGGCUUAGCCUCGCCAGGGAACCAGGAUGAGGGCACCGCAGCCUGCAUGGUCGCCCAGAAGGUGAUCGACCAAUGCUAUUCGGCGGGAUAUCUAGAAGAGGAUGUCCCAAGAAGCGUCGCGGAGAGCUGCUUUUGCUGUUAUGAGGGACUGCGAGUUUUCCCAGCAUAUGACAUCUGCGCCAACUACCUUGUCGAUGAGGGUCUAUACGACGGCGUCUAUAUGUCCGAUGUGUACGAGAUGGCUUCGAUCUUUUCGUCGGUAUGCAUUACGAAGACGAGGUGUACCUCCACCCCGACAUCUACUCGGCCGGUCACGACAACUGCCCCAAGAGCCUGCACCUCGAUGGUAGAGCUCUACGAGUACUGCAGAGAUGUAGAGCUGGCUCACCUAUCGACCACCUAUUUUACUGACAUGGCCAGCUGCUUCUGUUAUGAUUACUACGGCAACUUCGACACACGUAUUCAGGACUGGGCCAGCGCGUGCCUGCCGUGGAUCAGGACGGCUGCUCCUAAUGAUUAUAACGCCGUCUCAAACUAUCAGACCGCCUGCAGCCGCGUUCCGCCGGCUAGAAACUCUCGCUCGAGCAGCUUUCAGUUUACCGCUGCUGCCUCGCGUCCCACUGACAACGUCGACAAUGGUUUUGAUGACCCGCCGGCCCCUACGUCCUCGGAGAGCCAACCCACGCCGACCACGCUCUCCGAAACUUCUGCCGAGAAUAAUUCUAACACCCGCGGCGGAGCCGCAGCUCAGAUGGCUCUGCCUGGGUUUGCUACCCUGAUUACUGGCCUGCUAGCUGUUCUUUUAAGCACUCAUCUGGUGGUUGGGUGGGAGAUGUGGGCAACGUCACUAAGGAUGGCCUCGAACAAGUUUGUAGCUCCUGCGCUCACCUUUGAGCUGGUCGCCAAGUGCUCGACCACUCGCGCCCGCGCCUCCAUCCUGACCCUCCCCCAUGGGCCCGUCAAUCUGCCCAUCUUCAUGCCCGUCGCCACCCAGGCAUCGCUCAAGGGCCUGACCCCCGAGCAAUUGGAGGCUACGGGAUGCCGUCUAUGCUUGAACAACACUUACCACCUCGGUCUCAAGCCUGGCCAGGAGGUUCUGGACGCUGUCGGCGGCGCUCAUAAGCUCCAGGGCUGGAAACACAACCUCCUUACCGAUAGCGGCGGCUUCCAGAUGGUCUCUCUCCUAAAGCUGGCCAACAUCACGGAGGAGGGCGUGUGCUUCCUGUCGCCGCACGAUGGCACACCCAUGAUGCUAACCCCCGAGCACUCAAUCGCGCUUCAGAAUUCGAUCGGUUCUGACAUCAUGAUGCAGCUGGACGACGUGCUCGUCACGACGUCGCCCGACAAGGUGCGCAUGCGCGAGGCCAUGGAGCGCAGCGUGCGCUGGCUGGACCGCUGCAUCGCCGCGCACAAAAAGCCGGAUCGCCAGAACCUGUUCUGCAUCAUCCAAGGCGGUCUGGACAUCGACAUGCGCCGUGAAUGCGUGCGUGAGAUGCUGAAGCGCGAUACCCCUGGUAUUGCGAUUGGUGGGCUUUCUGGCGGCGAGGCCAAGGAUGACUUUUGCAAGGUUGUCGCAGCCUGCACAGAAAUGCUUCCCGAUUUGAAGCCGCGCUACGUAAUGGGCAUUGGAUACCCGGAAGACCUGGUUGUAAGCGUGGCGCUGGGUGCCGACAUGUUUGACUGCGUAUGGCCAACACGCACGGCGCGGUUCGGCAACGCCAUCACGAAGCAUGGCGUGCUGAACAUGAAGAAGGAGAUCUACGCGACGGACUUUGGUCCGAUCGAAGACGGCUGCGGCUGCCCGUGCUGCCGGCCGGCGGACCAGGAGGGCGCCAUGGGCAUUACGCGGGCUUUUGUCCAUCACAAUGCCGCGAAGGAGACGGUUGCUGCACACCUGCUGACGAUGCACAAUGUGUGGUAUCAGCUGAAUCUGAUGCGGGAGGCGCGCGAGGCCAUAAUCGAGGAUCGAUUCCCGGCGUUCGUCAGGAAGUUCUUCGCGAACCUGUACCCGGAUAAGAGCAAUUACCCGUCGUGGGCGGUCGACGCUCUGCGCGGUGUAGGCAUAGACUUGAUGGAAACAUAA